AUGUACAGGAAGGUAACGAAUGCGACUUUUGCCCUUGUGGCGGCGUUCCUCUUCUUCUUCGCUAUCGCUUAUGCUGGCUGGGGCUGUGGGGGCAGCAUUCUGGGUAGAGACUGUCUUCGAAAUCCCGAAUCCGAGGUGACGGGUGCUCUCCUCUUAACUGCCGCCCUAAUUGUCCUUAUUGCAGGCAUCAUUCUCAUACUGCAGAUAUUUUUCCACUACUCCUGGAGUGCGAUUGCAGUGUGUGUGUUGGCGGUUAUCUCCGCCAUUCUCUCCAUUGCUGGCAUCGCCUACUAUGCGGACAGGAGCCAACGCUCGUCACCUUUUGUUGCAACCGCUGCGAUGACACUCACGGUUGCUUUGUCUGUCAUUCUCAUUGUCGAUCUGGUCACGAAGCACUGA